AUGGAAAAUAAGACAGUAAUGAGUUCGUCUAGUACCUUGGAAAAUAUGCUUGAAAAUGCCACUGUUUACGUAACGAUCGUUGGUGGUAUAUUUUUAUUUGUGGCUGGAAAUAUCGGAUGUAUGGGAAACAUACUCGUCUUUCGUUCACAAACUUAUCGUCGACAAGCUUGUUUCAUUUAUCUAUUUUGGGGAACUAUUGCUAGUUUAUUCAUUCUAAACUGCAUUCUCUUGACGCGUAUCCUGGAAAGUGGUUUUAACGUAUCAUUGAUGGAUAUAUCGAAUGUAUUUUGUCGAAUUCGAGAGUUUAUCUCGAUGGUGAUGUAUCAGAGUGAAAACACUAUGUUUCUAUUCGCAACACUGGACAGAAUUCUCUCGGCACAACGCUCAAACAAACUACGACUAUGGAGCAAUCGUGUUCCUCUUGCUUAUAAGCUUGUCGUAGCAAACUUUGUUCUUUGGAUUGCAGUCAGUACGCAUCGAUUAGUUUUGUACACGAAUGUACAUAGAUCUUGCGAAGCCGAAGAAGGAUUCUAUAGGGUCUUUGAUACUUAUCUGGACAUGGCACUUACCGCAGUAGGCGCACCUUUGCUAGUUAUCGUCCUGACUGCUCUACUUUGGCACACUAUUCGAAGUGUUAGUCAACGGCACGCAGCUCUACAAAAUCAAGGAAUCAACGAAGAGAUUGAUUCUCAACUAUCAAUCAUGUUAUUUACACAAUCGGUUCUUGCUGUUAUCAAUUAUGUUCCAUACGGAAUAUAUAUUCUUUAUGCUUUGUUUACUGAUGGAUGGAUAAAAUCAACUUUGCGUAUCGCUUGA